GCGUGCCAUUAUUAGGCUUGAAGUUAGCUAUAAUCCAGAUUCGAAGACAACCUCUUAGUUCUCUAUUGUUCACAACCUCAUAGUUUUCCAUUGUUCAGUACACUGGCUAGAAUGCGGCAGCAAACGGUCGCCGUUAUUGGCGCUGGCUCCAGCGGGCUGUCCAUGCUGAAGACUCUUCGCGAUGAUGGCUUCAAGGUCACUUGCUACGAGAGGAGGAGUCAAGUCGGUGGCCUGUGGGCGUAUACGGAUGAUGAGACGAUGACCACCGCCCUUCCUAGUACCUCAGCAAAUAUCAGCAAAUAUACCUGCGGCAUGUCGGAUUUCCCAAUACCAGACAAGUAUCCGCAUUACCUGUCUCAAGCAGAAUUUCAGGAGUAUAUCGAGUCGUACGCGACUCACUUUGAUAUGCACAAGGACAUCGUUUUCAACGCUUUGGUGAAGCAAGCAUCUAGAAAUCAAGACGAUAGCAAGUGGCGGCUUGACCUCGUUGUAGACGGAGAGUCUCGAGUUGAAGAGUACGAUAAGGUAGCGUUUUGCCACGGGUACCAGACGAAAGCAAAAAUGCCCGACUUUGAGGGCGUCAAGAACUUCGACGGCAAAAUUUUACACACGCAACAGUUUAGAAUGUCCGACGAGUUCAAGGGGAAGAAAGUCGUUGUGGUAGGAGUGUCCAGCACCGCUUCAGAUGUCCUGACUCUGCUUUUACCUGUCGCUUCGAAGGUUUACAUGUCACAUCGACGAGGAGCACUCAUAGUCCCCAAAUUUCGGAAAGGCUUCCCGCCGGAUUUGAUGUCCAACUGGCGGCGGCGUCAGAUCUUCUCUUUUCUGCAACGCACAUUUCCGAGGGUCUCCAGGUGGCUAGUGGACAAGCUCGUGGCACUCAUGAUGAAGCAGAUGUAUGGUGACUUGGAUCCGGCCUGGGGAUUGGGAACCCCUGCAUCUCUAAGCCUUUCGCCCCGCGCUUUGAAUGAGAACAUUAUCCCGUCGCUCAGGGAUGGAUCCUUGACUUCUUUACCAGGCAUCAAGCGCUUCGUCGGGCCAAGUUCGAUCGAGUUCGCAGACGGGACUGUCCUCGAUGACAUCGACGCCGUCAUCUGCGCCACGGGAUACCUGGCUGACUUCAGUAUGGCUACGUUCCUAGAGACCAGCCGACCAUCAAACUAUGGUGGCCCAGACAUGGCUAGGCUGUGGAUGAAUCUCUUCCCUCCUCGAUAUGCGGACUCUAUGGUCAUGCUUUGCCAUUCUGCGCUCGGAAAGAACAACGGCUUCUCUUUCUCUGACGUGACUUCAAUGGCAGUGAGCAAUGUGUGGCGUGGUGUCUAUCCGAUGUGGACUGUGAAAGAAAUGGGUAGGCAUAUAGAUAGUCACCAAGACUGGGUGGCGUCAAGAUGGCGCUUGGACAAUAACAUAGACACCUCGAUGGUAAAGACAUGGGAAUACCAAUCCUUCCUGCAUGAAGCUGCCGGUACGGGUAUGGAGAACCUCGGCUGGGGUUGGAAAGGUUGGAAGUUCUGGUUCCAGGACCCAAAGAUGUCCUAUAUGAUGAAUCAUGGCGUCGAAACGGCACAUGCAUUUCGGUAUUUUGAGACGGGUAAGAGGAAGGCGUGGCCGGGAGCAAAAGAGGCCAUCAUACACAUGAACGAGUUGGUCAAGAUGUUUCCCAUCAAAGACGAGAAGGAGAAGUAAUAGGCGGUGUGACGAAUUUCAUAUCAGAGGUAAAUGGGAUACCAAAUAUCCGCAAUCUAUGGCCGUAUGUGUAAGUACUUCGUUCAUAUACUUAAGUGAACGAAAGACCGUUUGAGGGUAUCGUAGCAUGGAUAUCUAUCCGGUUUAUAUAUACUUCUAAUAAGUGUGGUGAAGAAAGAGAUCAUGCGUUGAAGCAUGCUUUUUCUAAUGGGAGAUUCGGAAUCAGAAUGAAAUUGCCUUUCACGUUCAUACUUGC